GUUUUUAAAAAUAACGUUAGUUGCUGUUUGUUGCUCGUUACGUGCGCGUGCUGCGACGCGGACCAAAAAAAAUUAACCACCAGCCACCAAUGAAAACGGGAAUCUGAAACAACUAACAAACCCAACUGAAGUUCCAACUCAACUCCAAUUGGAACUCGAAGACACAAAACACAAAAAGAACCUGCGUAAAUUGUUUUGCCUGUAGUUUGUUUUUGUUCAAGUGCUACUUAAUCCGGCAAGGACAGCAUCCCGGGAUUUAAGGAAUUUGUCACCUUUACCGCCCCGAUUGUUGAUUGUUUUAAUUUUUUUUCGGUGAACCGCAGAGGCGAAACCCCCAGUGCCGAUGACAAGUUGUGCAAUAAAUCGAAUCUAAUCAAAGUGAAAGCCAGUCCAGAAGUACAUACGAACAAUCCAAGUGAUAACGCACGCAGCCGAUCCUAGAACACGUUAAAACCAAUCUGAACCAACUGAAUUUGCACCCGAAUAGAAUAGCGAGCAACCGCAACAUAAACUCUGACAAACUGCCCAAGUGAAAGUGAGAGUGAGCAGCGGCCGGAGUUCUAGCCGGAACCGGAUUCCCAUUGCCAAACGGAUCCGCAAUUCGCUGCAGAUGAUGCUUGUGGCGCAGUCGCAGGAUCACUUGAAAGAAAUACAUUUAAAUAAUCAUUAGGCAGCUAGCGAACAACACAAUCGGUAAAUCAGCGGCGAGAUAUCCAACGACAGCAAAUACUACCGAAGGCAACCAAAGAAGAAGAAGAAGAAUCAUCGAGAGCCACUGCGCUUUCAACAUCCUUUCUAUCGGGGGGCAAGGGAAAAGCCGUCAAAAUACGCAAGAAGGUGACCUCGAAGAAGGCCAGCGUUGUGUCAGUUGACGACGAUCACAACAACAACAACAACAGCAGCCACAACAACGACCACAACGCUCGGCAGAUCACACCCACAGUAACCCCAACACCAACACCAACACCAACGCCAACACCAAUACAAACACCAACGCCCAUAUCAACGCCUGCAGCCACGCCCACGUCCGUCGUCGACCAGGAACAAGAACAGGAGCAUAAUCCCAGGAACAACCGCAAUCCGAAUCAGAAUCAGAAUCAGCCCAUCGAAAUGGACGACACACAGCACUUCUGCCUCCGCUGGAACAACUACCAGAGCAGCAUCACGUCGGCAUUCGAGAACCUGCGGGACGACGAGGCCUUCGUGGAUGUAACGCUCGCCUGCGAAGGACGAAGCAUCAAGGCACACCGCGUCGUCCUCUCCGCCUGCAGUCCCUACUUCCGCGAGCUGCUCAAGAGCACUCCCUGCAAACAUCCGGUCAUUCUGCUGCAGGAUGUGAACUUCAUGGACCUGCACUCGCUGGUGGAGUUCAUCUACCACGGCGAGGUGAACGUGCACCAGAAGUCGCUGCAAUCCUUCCUCAAGACCGCCGAGGUGCUGCGCGUCUCCGGACUCACCCAGCAGCAGGCCGAGGACACACAUAGCCACUUGGCCCAAAUACAGAACCUGGCCAACGCCGGCGGUCGCACGCCGCUCAACGCCCAUGCCCACGCCCACGCCCACUUGCAACAGCAUCCGCACCACGGUGCGCUGCACGACGACGGCGGCCCGUCGACCUUGUUCAGUCGCCAGGGAGCGGGCUCCCCGCCGCCGCCGGCGGGCUCCUCGCUGCCCCCGCACAUCAACAACCAGCUGCUGAAGCGCAUGGCCAUGAUGCACCGCAACAGCGCCGUGGUGGCUGCCGCCGAGGAGACCUCGCACGUCCUCAAGCGGCUCCGUGGCUCGGACAACGGCCUGCCGCUCUCCGGCGGCGGCGCCGGCAGUGGCAGCAACAACAACAGCCCCGACUUGCCGCCGCUCCAUGCGCGCAGCGCCUCGCCCCAGCAGACGCCGGCCGACUUCAGUACGAUCAAGCACCACAACAACAACAACACACCGCCGCUGAAGGAGGAGAAGCGAAACGGACCCACUGGCAAUGGAAACUCUGGCAAUGGCAACGGCAACGGAGCGAGCAACGGCAACGGAAUCUCCAUCAGCGACAAGCUGAGCAGCCUCACACCCUCGCCGCUGGCACGGGCUGGAGCCGAUGACGUCAAGUCGGAGCCCAUGGAGCUGGUCUGCUCGAACAACAACGCCAAUGCCAACGACGAGCAUAGCAACGACUCCACCGGCGAGCACGACGCCAACCGCUCCAGCAGCGGAGACGGCGGCAAGGGUUCUUUAAGCUCUGGCAACGACGAGGAGAUCAGCAACGUACUCAACUCGCACCCCGACGCCCCGCAGUUCAUCAUGUCGCAGGCGGAGAACAAGAUCUUCAACGCCACCCCCUUCAGCUUCGCCAUGAGCAAUCUCGAUCCCUCAGCGUUGCUUGGUCUCAACACACAGUUGCAGCAGUCCGGUGACCUCGCCGUGUCCCCUCAAGGACCGCACAGCAUCAACCGCUCCGCAGCUACCUCGCCCACCAGUUCUACCUCAUCGCCGCCGUCGCCGCCCACGGCCCUCACCUCGCCCACCAGCUCGCUGAACGGCAGUCUGGCCGCCGCCGUCUACAACCUGCACAGCCAUGCCCACGGCCAUGUCCUGGGGCAUGCCACCUCGCCGCCGCGUCCCGGCAGCGUCGGCAGCAGUGUGGGCAGCAACCUCUGCUCCUCCACCUCGGCCUCGGUCCUCUCCGGCAGCAAUGGCAGCAACAGCGGCAACAGCAUCAGCAACAACAACGGCAGCGGCAACACGAACAACAGCAGCAACAACAACGCGAACAACAACAACAACAGCAACAACGGCUCUAGUCCGGGCAGCCAGCAGGCAGCAUCGGGCGGAGGGGGCGUGGCCCAGGCGGGCGCACCGCAACUGCCGCUUCGCAUGCCGCCGCCGACCAGCGGCGGGAUCAACGAGCCGCAGGAGUGUCCCUACUGCCGGCGCACCUUCUCGUGCUACUACUCGCUGAAGCGGCACUUCCAGGACAAGCACGAGCAGUCGGACACGCUGUACGUGUGCGAGUUCUGCCACCGGCGGUACCGCACCAAGAACUCGCUGACGACGCACAAGAGCCUGCAGCACCGCGGCUCCAGCGGCAUGCUCAAGCGGCUGCUCAAGACGUCGGCCAUCAAGCAUGGGCUGGUGGGUCAUGGCCACGGACACGGUCAUCAUCCGCAUCCGCAUCACCACGCCCUCUCGCAUCCGCGGACGAGUCUGUUCGACUUCACCAGCGAGCUGGGACAGCCGCCACCGGGCAUCCAAUAGGAGCUAAGUUGGAACGCCAUCUUUUAAGGAACGAAUCUGCCAGCCGUUGGUCUCCAGCCCCGUCUCUCAGUCAGUCAGUCAGUCAGUCAGUCAGUCAGUCAGUCAGUCAGUCAGUCAAUCAGUGAGUCGGACGACCAGUGAGCAGCAGUCAAGACCAGCUACAAAUACUUUGCCCAUUGUUUUCGCACUGGACCGACGACCCCCGCUCCAUAAGGCGGGGUCCUCAGCCUGCUAUAUACAUUAGUUAAUAUUAUUAAUCAUCGUGCGUACUCUAAGCUUUAGGCAUACAUACAUAUAUUUUGGCGUCAACUGUUUUAUUAUUCUUAUCCUUAUGUUACGUAAUUAUUACGAUUACUAUUAUGCCAGAGUUUUUUUUAUACACAUGUAUCUAUUCGUACCAUUAGUUAUUUGUGCUGCUCUCACCUACUUAGUAGUUGAAGCACCUUCGUUGCUUCAUGUGCAAUACCUCAAAAAUCGUGUAAAUAAUUUCGAUAAAUCAUUAAUACCUCUGGAAGCCGCACAGGCGGCAGGCCAACCAACAACCAACAUAAACACAAACACACAAAACACAAAACACACAAACAACGUGAAGUUGCGUUUAAGGAAUACUUAUUAGAAUUAGAGUUAUGUUUACCAUUAACGACAACAAAAUGGGAAGAGAACGAAGGACUAGAUCACACACGCACACACACACGAGCACUCUCAAGCUGGGGGGGCGUGGCCAGAUUGCGGGGCGGGCGCUGAACGGACGGAGCAAUAAUGGUACAUAUCACGCAGCUGCAUAUGCAACUGCACCAUCAAAUGAAUCUGAGUCUGCAGCCGAAACUGACACUACCGAAUCUUUAAUAGAAUCUGCGCCACCUGUCGGGCGCCUCCGGAACUCAGCUCCCGCCCCGGCAACUCCGGCAGCUCCGCAAAGAUUUCUUGUUGUUUUGGUUCGAGCAAACAACAACAACAGCAACGUUAACAGACAUACACACACACACACACAAACACACAAUCAUGCAACUAAAAUGUAACCAUAUUAUAUAUGUAAACCUUCCUUUUUUUUGCUAGUUUAUACUCAUACAAUUAUUUUAUUUGCCAACUGCUGCGCCAUCGUGCGUUCUCUAAAGAGUCGGAUUCCAGUAAGAAAAAGAUAAAGAUCGGCGGCAGAGUAGAGUAAGAGAUGUGUGUCUAUUUUUUUUUUGUUCGAAGGAACCUAACUGUAAAUUUAGGACAUAUGUAAGACUAGCUUAAGAUAAACGCAAAUCUAAUGUUCAACAUAAAGUCGAUAGAACAGAGAGACGUGUAACAAGUAACAAUUAACAAGCAACAAGCAAACAAACAAAAACAACAAACAAAAGUAAAACGUUAUCAGGGAUAAAAUAUCAAGUAUGUAGUGGAAAAUACUUUUUUUUUCUGCUUAUACACAUACAUAUACGACGAAUAAAGUAACAGAAAUUAAAGUCAUUUUUUUAUAUACACACAUAAUGAAUGCAUAUGUGUACGUGUAAGCAAAGAGAAACAAUUAUACUAAAGUCUAUGUAUACAUGUAUAUACUUUACACCAUUUACCAUAUAUACAAUAUAUAUAGUACCGAUAUACACACACACACCGACGCACAGGCACCCGUACUAGUACGUGUGGUGUAUAGAAGAAGAAGAAGAAGAGCUGUAAACAUUUUUGCAAAUCGAGGAUUAACGCAUUAAACAAAAACCGCAAAGUAACUCAGUGAUUUUUCACCAGCUAAGUACAAAUGUUCUGAAAUUAAAUUUAAUAACAAGUCGCAAGCCGCGAAGAGCAGAAAGAUUGUUAAACGAAAGGGCGAAUGCAUAUGCAGAGAAGCAGAGCAAAUCAAAUACAUAUGAGUGCAGAGUAGUAUGUUUUCUCCAGUAGAAAUGCGGGUAUCCAAAACAGAGCAGAAUCGGAAUCAGAAAUAGCAACAGUUUGCACUGCCGACUAUUGUACAUACCUCACGGGGGGAGCUACAAAGCAAUAUCUAUUCAAGGUACAUCGGUUUAUCGGGAACGCCUUUAACACAGAUAUAACUAGAGAAGAGAACACCUAACUGCCCCUACUCAGACUAGAAGUGCAAAGAAUAUCCACCCACUUACAUCUGUGUUAAACAAAUUCAGUGUCAAAAACAAAAAAAAGAUAAGCAAAAAGGGUACGACAAAAUGGGUACCAAAUCCAUGUCUCAGGAAUUUCUUAAAUUUAAAAACCAAUUUACACCUAAUAUUAACACACACACUAUUUACCGCAGCAGGAACGUCGGGAUAGACAGCUACUUAAUUCCAAUCAACACACCUUAACGGGCAUAUCAUCUUCAUCAUCAAAUGCGUGUUCUCCGAUAUCUUGUCAAUCGCAGCAGAGCAUAGAUAUAGGCGCAGUAUCAUGAGCAGUAACAAAUACACAUACAGAUUGCAGUGCGAGUAGUAAGAAUAGUAACAGUUUUAGACGAGUAAUAAGUAUUCUUUGUGCCAUGCUACCCAAAACGGAACCCUAGGAGUAACGAUAGGAAGCCCCGGGAUUGGUGAUCAGCACGGGGUGGGGUUUCGACAAGUCUCUUCACUUAUCAGCGUUCAAACGAAGUUCCAUCCAGGUUAAUUUACAUGGCUUAACAGCGUUUUCAGUUAUAUAUCGGACAGUAAUCGGGGCAGGUGCGCUUUGUAGAUCUGACAUAGUUUUAAUUAAUUUAUUCAACCUUACAGAUACUUGUGGGGGGUCGCAAAGGGAAGGUUGACGACAGAGGGGAUGGGAUAGGUGGACGGGAUGCGAUUGCUUUCCCCAGAUUCUCGUUUUCAUCGCAUAGAGUUAAAUCUUCCAUUUUAAUAUACUUUACAUGUAUUUAUGUUUUUUUUUUUUUUUUUUUUUGUAUUUUUAGUACAUAUUUAAUUUUAAAUAUAUUUUAUACUUUGACGAAUUACACAUUAUUCUAGUAUUAAGUUCUUUAAACUUAUAAGACGUACUACAUUUAUUACUUUUUUCAAUUGAAGCGAAUACAAGAAGAAAAGCAGAGACAAAAACGAAAAAUAAUGCAAAUGCAACAAACUGUGAUCUUAAAAAAAAGUGAAAGUGAACAUUUUCUUCAUUUUCUUUGUACGAAAUUCCAUUUUGGCUGUUUAUAAUUUUAAAUUAUGUUACUACAACUACGAGACUGUAAGGCUGUCUCUCAAAAUUUAUGUUUAGAUACUCUACGAAACUGUGAAUGCGAACUUUUGUAUUAUUUUUUGUGCACCUUCCUUAUUCACGUAUUGUUUAUAUAUAUUCAAUUAAACCUAUUCAAAAUUAUACUUUUUGGCAUAUGUUACACAAUAAAAAAAAUCAUAUUAAGAAAAAAAAAAUCCGCAAACUAUAAUUUCCUCAUCCCAAACGAUACGUUACAAAGGUAUACACUUCAUAUUUUUCUAUUUCGUUAAGUUGUAAAGCGUUUUGUUUGACCUCCCCUAUAGGAAGUAGAGGAAAAACUCAGGGAAGCUAACAAAUGCUCAGGGAACUACUUGUAAGACCCUUCCUGGUUGCCAAUCCCCCGACCUGCAACCCCUCAUCGCACUUAGAUCGUACUUACAGUCAGUCAGUCAGUCAGUCACCAAGCAGAAAAUAACCAGAGGAAUGAAUUACUAACGAGAGGAUCUAGCAUGGCCAAAAUAAACUGAAGGAGACGCAUAUAUUCGUACCAUAAAUGAGAAGAUUUUGAAUCAUAUUAAUGUAGUUGAUAGCUCUAAAGUUCGUAUAAAAAUAUUCUUAGAAAUAGAAAAGUAUAUGUAUAUCCAUAUUUGAAGCACUUUCCCCACCCGAAACCAAGCUACACUCAAAGGCAUAAAAGCUAAGACACCAGAGACGUACAUAUGAUAUGUCAGUCACUGAAUUUCUAUCUAAAUAUCUAUUUAUCUGUUGUUAUCUGUCACUCUCGAAUGCAAGAGAAAUUACACACAAAGACAAAGACAAAGGCACACGCGCAAGUACCUUGUACAUGUAUGUGUGAGCGAAAUUUAAAUGAUGAACAAAUCGUAAUGUUAUUGAUAAAAAUGCAACGCAUAUCACAAGCAUCCAAUAUGAUAAGAAAAUGAAAAUUAUUACAAAUUCGAACACGAAACUUGAAUCGGAAAACAAUUAGAUAAUUGAAAAUUAUUAGUCAAAAUUAUUUAUUAUAUAAUAUACAAUAAAUGUGCAUAUAUAUGAUUCUAUAUGUGUACAGGCAUAUAUGCAUAUGUUAAUAUGGACAAAGCCAAAUACAUUUCGGAACUACCCUGUUUAAUAAUUUAACUUUUCGGUAUUUAAAACAAAAAAUCUGUGAUUAACUACAAAAUUUAAAUUUUAAAAAUUAAUUGUAUAGCGCCCAGUAAGCGAUAACAAUGUUUAAGCUUAAUUACGAGCAAGCCAAAACAAAAAAGGGAAAUUGCAAAUCAGACUCGGAAAACGAACUUUUUGGAUUUUAUCUAAUAGUUAAAAACGAUGUUUAUGCUGUUGCAUUUUUUCACACUUUCGGCUAUACAUACUCACAUGCAUAUUUUACUGGGGCACGGCGCACUCGGCCGCCAAGGUGACCGACAGAGAAUCGGAUUCAGAUGCAGAUAUAGAUACACUUAUACGCAGACACAUCCUUCACCGAUACAAAUCAACGCACAACAUAUGCAGAUAGUUGUAUUCGAAGGAAACCUGAAAGAACAUUUACAUUAAUAAUAUUAUUACUUUUUUUUUGUAGGAUUUUCUAGAAAUAAUAAAUCUGUAAUUUCGAACACUUUUAAAGUCCGAAUUUAUUAAAAAAAAAAAACAAAAAACAGAAAACAAAAAUGGAAAUGGAGAAAUCGGAAGUCAGAUGAAUAAUUAUCGUAAAGUCAAGCAAAGAAUUACACGUUAGUAAAUAAAUUGCACAAAUAACAAGAAACUCAUUUCAUGCAUACAACAUACAUGUAUACAAACUAAUUGUACAUUUUUUAUUAAUAACCCUAUUGAAAAAUCAAUCACCCGCUGUGCGCAGUGGUUUCGAAGCCAACUGACGUUGUGUCACAGAAUUAUGAAUGCAACGCAGAAAAAAAAAAAAACAGUUAAAAUCGAAAUAUUCAAAUAUGAAUCGAGUCAGGAGUGUGAGAGAUGUUUAUCAAAAACGGAUGGCAUUUUGCAUGCUUAAGUGUACUGACUCCAUUUGGAAUUCGGACACAUGUUUAACGACGGCAGAAAGGCACGCAUCCAACAUAAAUAUAUAUAAAUAAUAUAAUUACAUGUAUACAAAAAAAAAAAAAACAC